UUCACUUUGACGAUCGAUGAUGACGCCAACGCCACCUCCACACCAUUACUGCUCGAGUCUCGUGUUGAUCAAUCAGCCCUGUCACAGCUCGUGUUCCUCAGCCGCAGGUCGACGUCCACCUCCACACUCCAUCGCCCACUCCACGCCGCAGAUGAUUGAAACUUGAUGAAGAAGGUGACCUUCCAUUUUGAGUUAUGGUUUUGUUCCCCUAUUAGGCAUUGGAGGACAUGAAUCAAGAUGCUUAACAGGUUAAGCAGGCAUUGCUUUUGCACUGCUACUCCUCGCCCAUGGCUCUUUGUAGGCUUGGGAAAUCCUGGGGAUAAGUACAAAGGAACUAGACACAAUGUUGGGUUUGAGCUAAUUGAUGCAUUUGCUGAAUCACAAGGGAUCUCUAUGAACACAGUUCAUUGCAAAGCUAUCUUUGGGCAAGGUUUUGUUGAUGAAGUCCCUGUUUUUAUUGCGAAGCCUCAAACUUACAUGAAUCUUAGUGGGGAAUCUACUGGACCACUUGCAGCUUAUUAUAAGCUACCUCUUAAUCGUGUUCUUGUGUUUCAUGAUGACUUGGACUUGCCCUGUGGGGUGCUUCGACUUCACCACAAAGGAGGUCAUGGAAGCCACAAUGGGUUAAAGAGUGUGAUCGAUCAUUUUCGAGGGAACAGAGAAUUUCCCCGGCUAAGAAUUGGGAUUGGGAGGCCUCCUGGACAAAUGGAUCCCAAAGCAUUCUUGCUCCAAAAGUUCAAUGCAACAGCCCGAGAACGAGUGAGUUGUGGUUAUGUGCUCUUGAAUAUGUUAGACUACAGUGUAACAAACCCAUUGAUGCCGCUUUGGAAGAGGGGGUUGGCGUAUUGAAGCUCCUGUUAUCCAAAGGAUUGACAGAGAGUGCACGAUGCUUUAACAGGGAGCAAAAGUACAAGCAUAUAAGAUUGCAGACUAUGCCGACAUGAGCAGCUUAGGUAUAGUUCAUUCAGUAUUUAUUUUAGAUUGCUGUACAUGAUGUCAAGGAGCCUUCAUGGAGUGUGUAUAGCGAACACAUGUUGAAACACUAAUGUCUUCUUCAUGAAUCAUGGUUGUGGGUUCAAUAGUUAAGAGCUUUUAUUAUUA